AUGAAGAGGAAGGCAGAGGACGCGAUCCCCAUGCUCGAUGAUCUGGAAGACGAGGUCCAAGGCGACGGAUGGGAGUACGAGGGAGGCUUGGCUUGCCCUCCUUGGGACCCGGAAGCUCUCAAAAGCUUCUGCGCCAUGGACGACUGGUGUGGAGAGCCGGUGACGGCAAGAGUCAAGCCCAAAGAGCCCGCGAACAAGCCCAAGAUUUCGAGCGAGCCCGAGAGGCCAGCGACUCCGAGCAAGCCCAAGAGAAAGAGUUCGAGCGAGCCCAAGAGGCCCAAGACUCCGAGCGAGCCCAAGCGGCCAAAUAUUUCGAGCGAGCCCAAGAGGCCCAAGACUCCGAGUGAGCCCAAGCGGCCAAAGGCUUUGAAAAGCUGUGGUGGUGAGGCCAAGACGAGGAAGAACGCGUCCGCAAAGGUGACGCCCGAGCUGCGAGCUCUGCUAGCGAAGGUGAGGGCUACGCUGCCCGAGCAAAUCGACUGCCCGUGGUGUGGGCGCAUGUGGUGCACGAGGUUCUACGAUUUCAACAAUUACAAGCCUGGGCAGCCGAGGUACCACUGUAAGCCAUGCAAGCUUACCUGGACCAAAGACAAGGGUUGCGACGCGUCCAUCUUGCUCGACUCGAAAGGUUCCAUCAAAAGCGAAAGAGACUCGGACAAGAACUUUGGCAUCCGCCGCUUGGAUUUCAUCGACAGGAUCAAGUCGAUGCUGGAGGCCGCCUGUCCGGGAGUCGUCUCGUGCGCGGACAUCAUCGUUCUGGUGGCCAGAGAAUCCAUCGUCUUCACCGGAGGCCCGACCAUCCCCGUGCUCACAGGAAGAAGAGACGGCACAGCCGCUUCCAACGCCGCAGCCGACAGGCUCUUGCCUCCGGCAACCGUAAGCGUCGACAACUUCAUCAGCCUCUUCGCAUCCAAGGGCCUCUCUCUCGACGAAAGCGUUGCAAUCAUCGGAGCUCACACAAUUGGAGUCGGGCACUGCGUCAACAUUGUGAAUCGGCUCUAUCCAAACCAGGACAGUAAGAUCGGCCUCCUGUUUGCGAGCCGGCUGAGAGUCCAGUGCCCGACGGCCAAUCCCCGGAUGCUCAACAACAUUACAGUGAUCAACAACGAUAUGACCAACCUCGUCUUUGACAACCAGUACUUCCGGGACCUUAUGAACGGGCAGGGGCUCUUCACCAUCGAUUCGGAGCUUGCGCUGGACAGCCGCACGUCGCCCGUGGUAGCGCGCUUCUCUACGAACCAGCAGCUCUUCCUCGACACAUUCUCUUCGGCUUUCGUCAAGCUCACGUCCAGCAAUGUCUUGACAGGACAGAGUGGACAGGUUCGAAAGUACUGCCACUCAGUGAACUAG